AUGGGUUCCUAUGGAAAUGGUACCGCGUACUCGCCGGAUCAGUUCAUGAAUCCGGGGCCGGCUCCCCGCCCCCCAACUGAUCGUCCUAAGUUGACGCUUCCUACCAACAACCCGGUGGCCACCUCGUUCAGUCAGAUGUCCCUGAAUUCGCCGAGCACCCCAGGCCCCGGUGGCAAUCUAUCGCUGUUCCCCAACACCAGCACUCCGUCCCUGGCCCGGAGCCAAACCGGCGGAAGCGGCGUCACCAUUGUGAAGGAAGGCCUUGUGCGAUGCAAGGAAGAUAAGUUUUUGGCAACAUGGAACCAGCGCCAGUUGAUCCUGCGCGAAUACAAAAUCGAGUUCUUGAAGACCGAGUCCGGAAAAGUUGUUCUCUCAUUCCCCCUAUCGACUGUCACCGCUGUUUCUCGCUCGGAGGAUUCCAAGAUGGCCUUUGAGAUCACCCGACUGGCCAAUCCGAAGGAUGCGAACUCCAAGACUGCUCUGAUCACUCGGGAUGUGCCCACCAAGACCAUCACUUGUGAGGUGAAAUCUGAUGAUGAGAUCUACGAGUGGAUCGACAAGAUCUAUGAGCGCUGCCCGGGUAUGGGUGGUGUCAGUAAUCCUACUAAUUUCAGUCACCGUGUUCACGUUGGCUUUGAUCCGCAGUCUGGUGCCUUUGUCGGCUUGCCCCCAGAGUGGGAGAAGCUUCUGACAGCCUCUGCCAUUACCAAAGAGGACUACAAGAAGAAUCCUCAGGCAGUGAUUGAGGUCUUGGAGUUUUACUCUGAUAUCAAAAUGCGAGAGCAGAACCCACAAUAUUACGGUGGGAUGAAUGGCCCUUCGGGUAGUCCGAACAAGAUGCCUACAAGCACUUCGGUGGGUAGCGGUAUUGCCCCUCCUCGGCCUGCACCACCAGGCCCCAUGCAGCGCCUGGACAAUGGUCAGUCUAUGCGUUCUGUAUCUUCACCAACAUCAGAUCGAACUGCGGAUCAGCAACAACAAUUGCAACAGAUGAAGGAAGCAGCGGACCAAGAGCGUCGCCGAGUUGAGGAAGCCCGCCGCAAGGAAGAACAGCAAGAAUAUAAUGCAUCUCUUCCCCAGACGCGUACUCCACUAGCCAAGCAGGAGCUUGGUGGAUACGGUGGUGGUUCAGACACCCGCUACCAGCCAAGUCGCCCUGCCCCACAAGCACCUGGCUCUGCAGCUCGCGCUCCAGCAUCCGAUCCCCGUCAGCUAACCGCGCAGCGACCAGCCCCCGCUCCGCCAUCGCAAAGUCCUUAUGGUGGACAAUCUUCGUCCCGCACCCCUGGUGGCUCCCAGGACCAGGGAUCGCCCGCGCGCUAUGCUGCCAACGACCCUCGGGCCCAGGCUUCAUCAAGCCGGCCUCAACAGGCCCAGGGUCCUCCCCCGACCCGGUUGCCGGCUCCUGUGCAGCAGGUGAAGCCGCUAAACAUUGCCAACAAGCAGCCAACUCCCAAGGCCGUCCCCGAUAGCGUUCGCCAGGCAGAGGCCGCCUUGACCAAGAAGCCAGACACCCGACAGAAGGAGGUGCGUAUGUCGGCAAUGUCCGAGAAUGAGGUCAUGGAUCGGCUUCGCGCCGUGGUGUCCAAGGACAACCCGAACGAAUCCUACAGCAAGCAGCGCAAAAUCGGUCAGGGUGCUUCUGGCUCCGUGUACGUGGCACGGGUCAAGGAACACUCCACAUCGGCAGUGGCUCACGAGCUGUACCGACAGUACGGACCGCGGUGCCAGGUUGCCAUUAAGCAGAUGGAUCUGCGCAGUCAGCCCCGCAAGGAGCUGAUUGUUAACGAGAUUAUUGUCAUGAAGGACAGCCAGCAUGCCAACAUUGUCAAUUUCCUGGAUUCGUUCUUGCAGGAGUCGAGCAACGAGCUCUGGGUUGUCAUGGAGUUCAUGGAGGGUGGUGCUUUGACCGAUGUGAUCGACAACAACCCAAAGCCCGAGAAGCUGAGCAAGGAACUCAAGGCCUUCUUGAGUGUCUGUCUCUGCGUUGACGUCCGUAGCCGUGCUACUGCCGACGAGCUUCUCGCUCAUGAGUUCUUGCAGACCGGCUGCAGCCUUGCCAGCCUAGCAGAAUUGCUGCGCUGGAAGAAAGCCAACGGCCAGUAA